CAUUCAAAUUUUCACAGUGACUGUUGUCCCUUGAAGCAAAACCUUGUCAUUAUAAUCUUGCUAAAAUAAGAAACUUUAUUGAUAAUACUAUUGUGUGUACUUGCAUUUAAAAUGGCUCAAAACAUCAACCCGUUUUAUUCUUCUCAAAACACACCGAGUAAAGCUACAGAAGAAAAACAGAGCAAACCUAAAGAUAAUCAUGCAGUUAGUAAACGGCUACAAAAGGAACUUAUGGUUUUGAUGACGAGUACAGACAAAGGAGUUUCUGCUUUUCCAGAAAGUGAAAACUUAUUCAAAUGGAUUGGAACUAUUACGGGACCUAAAGAUACAGUUUAUUCUGGCUUUGUAUAUAAAUUGACCUUGGAAUUUCCACAUAGUUAUCCAUACAGUGCACCAAUAGUACGAUUUGCCACCCCUUGUUUUCAUCCAAAUGUGGAUUCGGUUGGAAAUAUUUGUUUGGAUAUAUUAAAAGAUAAGUGGAGUGCUUUGUAUGAUGUUCGUACAAUUUUAUUAUCUAUACAAUCUCUACUUAGUGAACCUAACAACGAUAGUCCACUUAAUCCCUUGGCAGCAGAAUUGUGGAGCGAUCAAACAAAGUAUAAAAAGCUCUUAACGGAAGAAUAUCACAGAAAUCACAAACUUAAUCAAGAUUCAUGAUAAGUCCAUAAUUAUAAUCAUUCUGAAUCUUCAUUGCUAUUAUUCCUAUCAGUGUUUUGAUUAUAACUAAGUAAAAAGUUGAACCUUA